AUGGCCAAUGGCUUCCAGUCCAAAGCCAGUGAUGGUGGUGUCCAGAGGAAGCAACUGCCCUAUUCAGUGGAGACACCCUAUGGCUUCCACCUGGAUCUUGACUUCCUCAAAUAUGUUGAUGAUAUUGAAAAAGGCAAUACCAUCAAAAGAGUUCACAUCCAGCGCCGGGUGAAGGGCCCAGCUAAAUUCAGCACUCUGCCAAGAAAUUUUAGCCUCCCUGGGCAUGGCGUCAGGGCUCCCCUUAAGGAAAAGGACAGCACAUGGUCUGGGACAUCCACGUUGGGAACUAAACCUAAAUCACGAGUGACAGAGGUCCAGCAAAUCUUUGACUUCAGGCCUAGUGAAGGGGGAAUCCCCACCCAUAGCAGCAGAGGGACAACCUGUCAAGGAAGUGGAUAUAUUUCCACUAAAUCCAGAGAUGAAGCAACCACAGGGCCUCAAGUUGUUGAAGAUAAAACUGCUGCAAUGCAAAGUCGUCCAAAUCUCCUCAGAGCCUCAAGCAUGCCCAUCACCCUUCAGCAGCGUAAAGGUUCAGAUUCAAGCAGCCCUGACUGUACUGUGGCCACACCAGAAAAUGGCUCAACAGAGAACAUUUUCCGUGCUUCACCAGAUGUAAUCGAAAGACGGUGUCUUCCACAGGAUCGGGCAGGUCUUCACCAGCAGAUUACAGUGGCUUUGAAGAGAGUCAGAGAGCUUGAAGAGCAGGUCAAAACAAUACCAGAAUUAAAGGCUAAAAUCUGUGUUUUGACGGAGGAACGUGAGAAGCUGUUAAUUCAGCUACAAACUCAGUCCCAAGUGCAAGUUUCUACAUCAUUGUCUGCAGUAACAACAAUUGAUGAUACAGAGGUAAAGGGUCAUUCUGAAGAACAUGGACAUUCAGAAGGCCUCAAGUUAGCUGUGGCAACACAACCUACUGGAGGCUCAGUUCCAGAGUGUGUGCCAGUAACAGCAAAAGAGAGUCAAGGUGGGACAGAAAGAACAAAAGAUUUACCAAAAGAGAAGGAGCCUACCAUGUCACAGCAACAAACUAAACCAUCAGAAAAAGUAGACAAACAAAAAGAGACCCCAAAAAGUACACUGGAGCAUGCAGUAGAAACACUAUCAAAGAACGUUGAAGAACAAAAAUUAGUAUCACUUACAGUGGUUAGAAAAGAGACUGCAAAUAGCUGUAGUCAAGCUAAUAAUUCAGCAAAAGAAGGACUCUUUGAGGACCAAAAUGGAAUGCAAAAGCUGCAGGAGAAGCUUAUAAUACUAGAGGCGAAACUUACUCAGGCUAGCCAAGAGCUAGAGAAAACUAACACUCUUUUGAAAGAACAAAUCAAAGAGAACAAAGCAAAAGAGGAGAGAAUAUUACAGCUAAGUGAGGGAACGAGAGUGGAAAGUUGUACCACCCAAGUACUAGAGCGGCAAAGAAGAGAAAGUGUUGAUAGGGGCACUGUCACAGAAAACAUUGAUUUCACUAUCCAAAACAAAGAGACAGAAUCACCUGUUACUGUGGAUCAGGGGACAGAUACAGAUACAAUAUGUGUUGAAGUGAUUGUACCCAAACCAAGGGCUGUAAGUAUAGAUCAGGGAACAUUGACAAGUAAAGUUGACACACAGGACCAAGAAACAGAGAUAGAGGCAGAGGUAAUAGCGGCGAUACCACCUCGACCCAGAGCCAACAGCAUGGAACGAGGAAUGGUAACUGAGAGCAUCAUCACUCAGGAUCAGAUGACUGAGACACCUGUAGCUGAAAGGGUAAACCAAGUGACAGAAACAGAGGGAGAAACAGUAACAGACCAUCCACAUAGACCAAGGACCAGCAGCGUAGAUAGAGAAACAGAAACUGAAAGGGUGGGAACUGUGGAUAGGGUCACAGAGACAGAGGUAGCACAGAGGACUGACCAGCAAAUAGAAACAGAAAGACGACUGUCCAACAAUACAACCAGAGAUGCAGAAGCAGAUCAAGUGAGUGAAAAUGAAAGCAGGCAAAGAGAAGAUGUAGGCCCUGUGGUCAGUGACAUAGCAGAAGACACAAGUACAGAAGAAGUCAUUCAAAAAAAUGAUGAAAGUUUUCUAGAAGUUUAUACAGAUAAUUCAGUUACAGCUGUUGAAGGCAAAGAUGUAGAAAUUUUAGAUUCAGCUGUUGAAAAUCAAGUUACUGUGUGUUCAAGUCCUGUUUCUGUAACAGGGGAUAAUAAAAUUGAAGUUAUCACUGCUCAAAAUGACUCAGAAAUAAAAGAAACUCUUCCCUCAAAGAGUGCACAAAUGGUUGAACCCCAAAAGGUUGCUGGGGAAUCAACAGAAAAAAAGGAACAAGGAAAAGAAGAAAGUGUGUGUGUAACAGUCAAAGAAAGUGUGAUCAUGGGCAGUGUUGUAGUAACAGAAGAAAGUUCAGUUGUAAAGACAGAAGCUCCUGUUAGACCACAAAGAGGUCGGAAGCUUUCGGCAGAGCAAGCACAGCCAUCCCACCCUCAACCUCAGGCAGCACCUGUGCGCCCUCGUAAGGGAUCCAGUGAAACGCAAGCACAGCAGACCCUGACAAAAGGUCAGACUGAAACCCAGCCAGAGGCUCAUUCGUCAGUACAGUGUUCUGAAUCACAGGAAAAACAUCAAACACCAUAUGUGCCUCUUGUUGAAGACCAUAGCCAAGUCAAGAAGUUGCCUGAAGAGUCACUUGAGAAACAGUCUCCUGCACAACCCAAGGCUGAUACUCAAAGCCCUUCCCCAAACUUCAGUGAAGUUCAAGUAAGGCGUAAAUCCAUUCAAGCCCAUUCUAAGUCUCAAACUGCAUCUCGCCGGGACUCAAAAGAGCUAAAAGUAACACAAAAGGGAUCCAGUGUAUUACACAGUCGUGAAUCAGGAGAAACAAAAACUCGCCCAACCCGUGAUGCUCAGCCUCUGAGCUCACGUAGAAGCUCCAAUGAGGCUCCAUCGUCUCAGAAAGAUGCCAGUGAGACACAGUCCCUUCGAAGAGGCUCUAGUGAAUCAACUCAGCGUCGAGGUUCAAGUGAAGCAAAAGCUUCACGUCGGGAAUCUGGCGAGUCUCAGUCUGCUCGCAGAGGUUCCAGUGAAUCGCCAACGUCCCCUGCCGCUUUGGGACAAGUUGUUACUCGAUUAACAGGGCUUCUCGGGGAACAGUGGGCACAGCUGGGGAGCAGCUCUGGAGCUCAACAGACGACCACUCAACAGGAAAGCCCCAACACACAAAAACAGACCACAACUAAAAAGACAGAGGCUGGAAAGGGAACUCCAGCCAAGCCCGUAGGCAAAACGGUCCCUGCAGCAACAGCAACAACAAAACAAGCUGGAAAGCCUGGAGCUUCGAAAAUGAGUUCUAUUCAGAGUCAGCUGGUCAGCUCCCUCAGUGUCCUGUCUGCCUUCUACUCUCCAGCACAAAAAGCAGCUGCCGCGAGCAAACAGCAAGAACAAGGUCUCAAAUCUAUUAUGAAGAAAAAUGGUGUUGCAGACAAGCAGGGAAGCAGGGGAACUAAGAAAAACCUGAAGUUUGUUGGAGUGAACGGAGGCUAUGAGACGACGUCAAGCGAGGAGUCCAGUGGAGAUGAAAAGUCACAAGUGGAAGUGAAGGAGGACGAAAAAGCCGAACCAGAGAUGGUGAUGGAAAAGGACAAGGAGUCUGAGGAGACAGCAGAGAUCCAGGGAGCAGCAGCAGAAGAAGCCUUGUCUGAAGGAGGAGGUGCUGUGGGUCAAGAGAAAAAGGUUGAAAGAGACUUGCUGGACUUAGAAUGUGGUCAUGAGCUUCUGGAGGAGCAAGAUGAGGGGGAGAAAGUUGAUCAAGGAUUCAUAGAUGCAUGCAUUUAUGUCAAAGAUCGCAUGGAAGAUGUUUCAUCCCCAGAUAAAGAAAUGCGUCAGGUGUUGGUGGUGCUCUACCAGGAGUGGUUCAAAGUCUCCAGUCAGAAAGAGUCAGACGCAGACACAGUCAGAUUAUACCUGCGACAGGUGGGAUUGACCACCCCCACUCUCCUGCCAUACGUUGUUAACCUGACAGACGGCAACGGGAAUAUGGCUCUCCACUACAGUGUGUCCCAUUCUAACUUUCCUGUGGUCAAACUGCUGCUAGACACCGGUUUAUGUGAAACAGACAAUGUGAAUAAAGCAGGCUACACUCCAGUGAUGCUGGCUGCUCUGACAGCUGCUGAGAGCCCUGACGAUCUGGAGGUAGCUCAGCAGCUGCUAAGACUUGGGGAUGUCAAUGCACGCUCAAGACAGGCAGGACAGACAGCCCUCAUGCUUGCAGUGAGCCACGGCCGUGUUGCCAUGGUGAAGCUGCUCCUGAGCUGUGGAGCGGAUGUAAAUGCCCAGGACCGCGAGGGAUCUACAUCCCUGAUGUGUGCCUGCGAGCACGGACACACACACAUUGCUCGUCUGCUGCUGGAGACGGGUCACUGUGAUACCACCCUCACAGAUAAGAACGGUCACACAGCCCAGUCUGUGGCAGAGGCAGCUGUUCAUCACGACGUUGUUGACCUUCUGAAGGCCCACGCCUCCGAGCCCACAUCUGCUGCAGACCCACAUUAAGCCACAGUCCUCUCAGCAAUCAGC